AUGGGUGUGAGCAGUUCGAGUGGAUGUGAUCGACAGAUCGCCCGGCUGGAAACGCGUGUGGCGACGUUAGAGCAGACAAAGUCGUAUGACGUGCUCCCCUUGGAGGUGGCCAGGCAACUGCAGGUGAUGCGAGGUCAGCUGUUGGAUGAGGCGGCUUCGAGGUGGGCUGAUGUUGCGCAGCCACUUCAAGCAGAGACAGUUGGCAAUCGACAACGAGUGGAUGCCCUGGAGCAGUGGCUCAGGGAGGCUUUGGCUCCAGAGCUCGUCCGUCUGCAACUGGACCUUGCUUCUGAACGCCGCUGUCGAGAACGGCUGGAGACCGCGGUCAAUAAACACGUGGCUCUUUCGAAAACGCUGGAAAGGGCCUCCAUCACUCCCAGAAGGCACACACAGACACUUCAAGGAUCCCAGGCGACUUUGACAUCCCUUCAGCGUGCGCCGCCAUUUGCGCCAUCUGACAACUUGGACAAAUGUGCAUUCUCAGCAUCCUCAGAAGCCUCAGAAGCCUUACGAACCGGCGUGGAAUUGGCAUCCUCACAGUCGCGACAGUCACGGUCGGUGCCACUGGUGCCGGAUGCAGCACCACGUGAAUCUGCUCUGCAUGGGCAUGUGGAGGCCUCACUUACAACAGAGAAAGCCGACCGUAGAAAGCUUGGCCUUGGAGGUGCCUCCAGCCAAUGUUGA